AAUUUCUUCACUCCGAAUCUGUAGAUGAGCGGCUGAAAAUUUCAAAAUAUUUUUUACGUUUAUAUGGAUUAUAAUCUUGACCAAAGUAUUGAUUCGUAUAAGCUACAGUAAACGUGUUUCAAUUCUACAACAAGUGAACAAAAAUGGAUUUAUUUAAUGGCGACAGGAACAGCUUAAAAAGACGAGUUCUUAAAAAAAUUGAUAAAUCAGAAGAUGAAGUAACUUAUGGCGUUAGUUCCUUAAUAAGAUACUUUCAGGAUAGCAAAAUUCUACCGGAGAUGCCUAGCAGAAACAUGCUGGAAGCAUUCUUAAUUAUGAACAAGUUUAAUAUAGAUAAAAGUAAAACUAAGCUAGAAAUGUAUUACAAAAUUAGGUCAGAAAUACCAGAUUUUUAUGUCAAUAAGCAUCCGAAAUUACCUCACAUGAAGGAGAUAGCUGAGACAGUAUAUUGCUUCCCGCUGCCUCGACUUACCGAAAACCUAAAUAGAAUAGUAUUCGUAAAACUUAAAGAUCUAGAUCCGAAUAAAUUCGACGCUUAUAAUUUUUUCGCUCAUGCCUAUAAUGUCGUCGAAAUUCGAAUUAGAGAGGACGUGGCAACAAGCGACAUAUUGUUAUACGACAUGGAAGGCUUAACAAUGGCUCAUUUUCUAAAGUUAACGCCAGAUGCGUUAAAAAAAUCAGGAAUGGUUUUAGAAAAAGUAUAUUCCAAUAGAGUUGCUGGUAUUCAUUAUCUAAAUCUGCAUAGUUCAGUUGAAAUGAUUAUAAAUUUAAUCAAAAAGAUGCUUAAAGAAAAGCUUCGAAAUAGGAUACACAUACAUAAAAAUACAGAAACCUUAUAUGAGUACUUACCAAGGGAUGUUUUGCCCAGAGACUAUGAUGGAAGCUGUCCGUCGCUACAGGAACUACAAGAUAUGUGGCGAAAAAAAAUGGAGGAAAGCGAGAACAUCUUUGAUCAUUUGGAAACCUUCUGUGGAAAACAAGUGGAUACUAUUAUUACUCCUAGUUUUAGAUACUUAUGUGUUAAGGAAAAUGUGACAAUAAGAACGUUUUAUUAUAUUAUAGUACUUAGUGACUUGGGCUGUCAGUACAACAUUCGUUAUCCUUACGUAAAGAUACUCAAAUACAUCUGUUUGAUACACACGUUUAAAGGGAUGACAAUGUCUAAUUUAUCACAACUACUCCAAGUAACAGACAGUGAAAAACAAGCAAUUCUCAAACACUAUAAUCUUGCUGAAGAGGAAUUUGAAGAAAAUGUAAAAUAUCUUAAAGAUUGGCUUGCCCAAUCUAGCCAUCUUCCACAAGUCAGUGAUGAUAAUAUACUAAGACUAUGUUUGCUCAACAGCAAAAUGAGCUUGGAAAAAGCGAAACAUUCAUUAGAGGCCUAUUUCAGAAUGAGGGCAGUUUAUUCUGACGAAUAUUUUGCCAGCAUGCUGCCAAAUACUGAUAGAUACAGGGAAGCAAAAAAGCUAGUGACGACUGUAAUAAUGCCCAAGCUUACACCAGACCUAUGUCGAAUAACGAUUUUUAAAUUUGAGGAUCCAAACGGAGAAGCCACUGACGCUUACAUAUAUCAAAUGAUUGCUCUGAUGAUGGCGGAAAUCAGAAUAUCGCACGACUAUUUCUUAUCGAACAAAUUCAUUUUCGACUACAGCAAUUGUGGAUGGAAAAAUAUAAUUAAGUUCACACCCGCAGUAAACCAGAAACUUAUUGAUAUAUUGCUUUCAAUAAAUUUGAGGAUCGAUUCUAUACACUUCGUAAAUAUCACAAAUUUGAUUGAACAAAUAAUGAAAAUACUGAAGGGUCUCCUACCGACAAAGAUAUAUAAUAAGAUACAUACACAUAAGACUUUCGAAUCCCUUCAUGAACAAAUGCCUCCCGAAUUUCUCCCAUCUGAUUAUGGUGGUACUCAAAAAUCACUAAAAGAUCUUUAUGAUGAAUGGUGUAAACAUCUAGAGGAAUCGGAAGAUCUAUUCAAAAAACUUUUAAGUGUAAAAUCUACUCAAAAAUAUGAAACUGAAAAGGAUAAGGUGGAGAUGUUCGGAUUGGGAGUGGAUGGAUCAUUCAAGAAAUUAUGUAUUGAUUAGUUUCGAUAUAUUUGAAAUAUCCAUUAAUCUUAAGUUGUAUAAUAAUUUAUAAUAAUUUUUUUACGAAUUAUUUUCUUUAUGUUUCCUUUAAAACAUAAACUACUUGACAUAUUGUCUGGGGUAAAAUUAUUUUUAUAAGAAAUAUAUAUUAUAUUUUGAA